GAAAAUCUUAUAAGUUUUACCCGCUCAUUAAGCCGUUGCUAAUUUUCCCUUGCAAGCGAUUCGUUUUGCCUAAUGACUCUAAGCGCUUGGGCCUUAGUUUUGUUUUGAGAACACAACCAGCAGUUCACACACAUUCUCCAUGUUGGAUCGUCAAAUAACUUGGAGUCUUUUGCAGCUGUUUUUGCUGCUGGGUUUUUCCUCAGGAAGUUCCCUAAGUGGUCCUUGUGGGGAACACGAAGAGCGAGCCUGUUUACCCUGCACCGAACCUAAAUGUUCACAUCCCUAUAUGAAUGAACCGCAAUGCAUUUUCUUCAAAAAGUGCAAAUUGGGAUGUGGCUGCAAGUUUGGAUACGUGCGCGAUGACCUGAGUUAUAAAUGUAUUCCCUACAUGAAAUGCAAAAUUCCAGUGCGACAGAUAAAUAUUCCAAUUUUAUAA